AGAGAGGCUUUCACGGUUCUUUCUUUUUUUCCUGUAUUUUUUUUUGUUUGUUUAACAGUUCACUGUUCACAUACACACAAAAAAAUGUCACGUGUCGCACAUUGAUGUGGAUGUAAAAAAAUGUGUACAAAUGAAGUGUGUCGACGUAUGUACUAAAAAAAAUUAGGUUUAAACUAGAAAAAGAAUACUAUUGAGUAUUGACAUUCCUACACCGCCUUACUCCAGUAGAUGCGAUUCUUAUCCAAAAACUACGCGCCUUAUUGCACGUCAAACUCCCUCCACAGCUUUCCCGUCAUCACAACCGUCGAUCACAUUACUAACCCACUCAAUCAACGGCUGAAAACGUUUCUUACCAAUCAUCACGAGAAAUGCAUGAAAAGGAACCCCAUAUAUAAACACCGUUGCUUCUUCUUCGGUAACUGUAAUUCCAGAUUUCUUGGAAACUUAUCAAAACGCGAUUCCUUCGCUCUCGAAAGAUGAAGCAUUCAGCAUUGUGUUACGUGGCUCGCCGAGCUUUGAUCGGUGGCCGGAAUUCUAACCGUCAAAGUUCGGCGGUUGUGAGGUCAUUCGCGGCGGCAGAAAUUGGACAGAAGCAUCUCUACGCCGAUGGCGGAAACGGAGGUUUAUUUUACUGGAAGAGGAUGAUGUCUUCGCAAGCGGCACCGUCGAAGCCAUCGGCGGAAGAGACGGAGGCGAAAUCGACCGAGAAGAACGAGAAGAAGAAGGAGGAGAGUUCCGGAACGAAGAAUAACGUGGUUGCGUCGAGUUAUUGGGGGAUUUCGAGGCCAAAGAUUAUGAGAGAGGAUGGAACUGAGUGGCCUUGGAACUGCUUCAUGCCAUGGGAGACUUAUCAAUCAAACGUUUCCAUUGAUCUGAAUAAGCAUCAUGUGCCGAAGAAUUUUCUGGAUAAAGUCGCUUACAGGACAGUGAAGCUUCUCAGAAUUCCCACUGAUGUGUUUUUUAAGAGACGUUAUGGUUGCCGUGCAAUGAUGCUUGAAACAGUUGCAGCUGUCCCUGGAAUGGUUGGAGGGAUGCUGUUGCACCUCAAGUCACUCCGAAAAUUUCAGCAUAGUGGUGGUUGGGUCAAAGCAUUGCUUGAAGAAGCAGAGAAUGAGAGGAUGCACCUAAUGACUAUGGUAGAACUUGUGAAGCCGAAAUGGUACGAGAGAUUUCUGGUUCUUGCUGUACAGGGAGUUUUCUUCAAUGCAUUCUUUGUACUUUACAUACUUUCCCCAAAGGUGGCUCAUAGAGUUGUUGGGUACCUUGAAGAAGAAGCUAUACAUUCUUACACUGAGUAUUUGAAGGACAUUGAUAGUGGUGCAAUUGAAAAUGUUCCUGCUCCUGCCAUUGCAAUAGACUAUUGGAGGCUUCCCAAGGAUGCCAAAUUGAAAGAUGUUAUAACAGUCAUUCGUGCUGACGAGGCUCACCAUCGGGAUGUGAACCAUUUCGCUUCAGAUAUCCACUUCCACGGUAAAGAACUGCGGGACGCACCAGCUCCUCUUGGUUAUCAUUAGGGCUUUACUGUCAUGAAUAUAAAAUUACUCAUUUAGUUUGCAUUACGAAACCUAUAAGCAUCCCUUAAAAUAGAAAGAAGAUGAAGAUACCUAUAAGCACCAAUAUUUUGAUUAUACAGAAUUCUUAUGCUUUGAUCAUACGUUUGGAUGGCAUUAUACUACAUAUACCGUUUGUACUACUUUUUUGUUGUUGUAAAGAGCAUGCUGAUUAGACUAUGUAUACUAAUGACUCUAUAGAACCCACCUAAUUUGAAAACCAUGUUUAAUGUGAGAGUUA